AUGUCUCUUGAUGGUCCAAUAAAUGAGGCCUCUGAUAACAAACUUGCACCUGGCCUGGUUCAUAUGGAUGUAAGUAAUCCUUCAAAUAACCUGGCUCCAACUGCAGUCAUGUUGAGUGGCCAAUUAAAGAUGCAAAAUGUGCCCUACAUGCAAAACUGUAGUUCUACAAGAUUUUGGACAUGCUUGAGCUCUCUGGUUUUUUUUCAAGAUGUCAGUUUACCUGGGUUAAAUACUGUAUUUUUCGCUCUAUAAGAUGCACCAGUAGUUGUUAGAUAAGAUAUACAACACAAGGAAGAUCUGGAAAAGGCCUUGCCCCAGCUAUGAAGGGGGGAAAUUGCAUAGCUGCGGUCCAAGCAUCUGCUUCUAAACAAGUUCAAAUGUAUUUACCUAUUUAGAAAAUGUCUUAAUCACUCUAUAUUCAGAAGAAUCUCAGGGUUUCUAAGUGUGCUAAGUGGCUACAAGGGAAAGGGACCACAUUGUGUGGUAGUGGUACUUUUGACCAUGAUUCAUUCUCCCAGGGAGGUUCAUCUGGAGCCUACUUGGAUAUCAUUUUGGCACCAGGUGAAGACACUUACAUUUCCUCAGGCUUUUUCAUUCUCUGCACGUUUUCCCCCCUACCCUUGAAAUAAGUUCCCCACCACUGCUCUGCAGGAAUACCUAUCUAGUUUUGUUCUUGUAUUGAUUCAGAGGGUGACUAUUUUCUUAUUCUGCCAGGUGUCUAGCAAUUAGAAAAGUAUCUGAUGAUUGAGUGUGCAUAAAUCAUUGCUGUCGGUUGCUAGGACACAGAUAUUUUAUUGUUAGCUUUUGAUGUGUUAUUUUAUUCUGUUGCAAUGGUAGUCAACUAAGUUUUACUCAGAGUAGAUCCACUGAAAUUAGUGGACCUAUUUUAGUAAUGCUCAUUAAUUUCAGUGGGUCUACUCUAAGUAAAGCCUAGUUGAUUACUACCCUUGGUCUUGCUUUAAUUAUGUAUUAUUGUGGACUGCCAUGGCUGCAGUAAAAAGUUGUACCUGCUAAAAGAUUGAUUUGAAUGUUGUUGUUUUUUUAAAAAAAUACUUUUAAAAAAGCAUGCUAUUCAGAUUUUUUCUCAUAAACCUGCAUUUAGAAGGUGAAAAAUCUCCAUAACAUUUUAUCACACUUUUAAACAUUCUAUGUGCUUAUUCAAAUUAAUCUGAUGUGGAUUAUUUACCUCCAAAGCUAACAAUUAGGACGGAUAUGUUAAAGAAAAGGGCUUAAUGCACAUUUAACAAUGGAAUGUGGUGUUCUAAACUGACAUCCUUGAUUGUGCACAUGGAGCCAGACAAUAGGCAGACUACAAGUAUAUGAUACUGUGUUUAUGUGCAGCCUGGCAAGUACAAGAUGGUUGAAGCCUAAAGCCAUUAUAGAGUAAUGAACCUGUGUUAAGCUAUUUUUGUAUGCUUUGCAGUUGCAGGGAUAGUCCAGGAGGAAGAGUGGAAUAGUGUAUCAUUUGUCUCUGGAAAGUUCAGGUUGAGACCCUAUUUCUCCCAUAGUCUGUUGUAUGACACUGAAUAAGUCACUUUAGCCCAUCACUGCCUUCAAACCAGCUCCUUACAAAUGUUCUGAACAUAGGGAGAGACAUGAAAUUCUGGUGGUAGGCUCUGUGCCCAACCUACAUGCAUUUGUUUCAAUACAACCAGCAACCCUGCAGGGAUGUCUAAACUGUAGUUCUCCUGAUGCUGAAACUCCCACAGCAUGACCAAUGCUUAGGGAUGAUGGGAGCUGGCAGUCUAGCCAACAUGUUCAGGACAUCUGAAAAUGCUCUCCUGUAUUUCUGCAAGGACAUAGGACGUACAUUAACUGUCUUUUUGGCGAUCACUCGUAGCAGAGUAAGAUUGUCUUCCAUAAACACGGUUUUAACAAUGAGUCCGUAAGUGACUGUGGAGGCCAAUUCUGGAUCACAGUAACUGUACAAAUAAGGGGAUAACCAGGAUCGUGGCCGGUGGUCCUACACCCAAACCUCCUUCGCUAAGAGAUGUGAGUAGAGCUCGUAUUAGCCAUAGUCUCUUCUACAUGACUGGAAACACUUUGUAACCAGAGCUCCUUCUGGCCGAUCACACUUAUCCUCUUUAGUCAAGGUGAGAAUCAGCAGAAUCUUGCUACUGAAUUGGGUUCGCAGGAGGACAAACGCAGCACGGGCCACUUUGCUGAUUAAAAACCUUAAGAAGUAGUUCUGUAUCUACACCCACUCCAGCUCUUUGCCAGUUUUAGUUACGCUGCUCCCUUACAUCUUCCAGUUUUAAGCAGAUAUAAUACUAAGGGGGAGACAUAAUGCAGAGGUAGCGAGCGGCACGUUCCCUGAAUUCAACUAGGAAAGAGGAGCGAUAGCAAGCGCUGCUCUCUUAUGCUCCAUGGGAUGCUCUGAAGGAGGAAUCCCUGCAAACAAGGGACAUCUGGAGAGCUUAAUCCCAGUCUAGACAAGACCGGGGAGAUGCCACGGAGCCAACUCCGGGGGCUGGGGAGAGCACCGUGUACUCGCCGUGCUUAUCCCAGCCUGGGAAGCCCCCUACCCCCCGCCUCACAAGGGCAUUUGCGACGCCUCCUCCCCCACCCGGGCAAGCAGGCGUUUCAAAUGGCGGCGGCGAGACAGGCGGACGAUCCCAGGGAGGAGGAAAAGGGGCCGGGCCGGGAGAGAGGGCUGCUCCAGCCAUCGAGGACUCGGCGCUCCAGGCGCGAGGACUCGAGCUUCGAGAGCUUGGAUGGCUUUGGAAUAAAUGUCUCGGUGCUAGUAAGGCGGCCAUUUUAGAUGGGGAGCGGAGCGGGCGGCUGGGAGUGAGGGAAGAGCCGUCGGAGCUGGAGGAGGUGGCGGCACAAGCAGCGGCAGCGGCGGCACCCGAGAGAGACGGACAGGUACCGGGCUGGUUUCGCGGCUGGGAGGGCGGGAGUGUCGCAGCCGGAGCCCCGGGAAAGGGUUGAAGUUGUCCAAAGAGAUGGGGAAGGCGCCGUCGUGUCGUGUCGAGGCGUGUGUGUGCGAGUGUGUAGCGGGGGGUUAGGAAAGCCCGGAGACACUGGGAAGGGGGCGGCCGCCAAGGAGCUGCUUCAGCAGCCUCUGUUGUGCUCGGCGUCUGUGCGGACGGAGCCGCCCAGGUUGGACGGCUGCGUCCUCCCGCGAGUCCCGCCUGCCCCGAGGCUGAGCCGGGGAUGCUGUGCGCUCGGCUUCUCUCCAUUCCUCGCUGCUCGCUGUGGCGUCGCUUUUCUCCGGCAAUUUAGACGGGGCGCUCAGUUUGCAGCUGCUAAAACUGCCUCCGUAGUCAGCUUUUGACGCUACCAGACUGUCGGGCCCUACCCACUUUGAGUUUGUUUGUUUCUUGCUUGCUUUCUCCUUCCUCAUUUGUAUUUUUUUUUUUUUUUUAAAUUUGGUUCGGGUGAGGAAAGCGUGCUGUCCUUGCCCCUUCAGGGAACGGGUGUGGGGAAUGAGGCAAGCAGCGCAGGCUUCUCUCUUGCUGGCGUCCAAUAAUGUGAUGCAGCAGCGGCUCCUUCGCGACGUUGACACGGGUAGGAAUGGAUGCAGCUGCCGUCGCUGCGCAAGUCAGCGCUUUUCUUUUGCCGGGUUGAUGCUUUCAGGCUGGGUCUUCGGGCUCCUGUUGUGACUAAAACGUCUGCCGAUUCAAAAGUAGCCAGCGCUUCGUCUUUUUCUGCCAUGAGUUGAAGUUAUGCAGUGGGUUAGUUAUCCGGAGCCGAUGUGGUUUAAAAUGCGUUUGGCUGCCUCCGUCGUAGCUGCAGCAUCCUCUGGAGUCUGGACGGAGCCUUUUGCGUCCUGGAUAGUCUCUGAAUUGCAUUGGAAAUAAUUUGAAACGAGUGAUUAGAAACUUUCAGAAAUGAGGUCAUCGCUGGGGAGUGAGGAGUGGUUGCUGAAUGGGGAUUCCCAUAUUUCCCCCGUGUGUGAUCCAGAUAUGUUCUUGGUUGCUUUAAGAAAGGUGGAAAAGAGGAGGCAGUUUAGCAGCUGUAUCACAGCUUAACUGCUUAAGUCUGUGCAGGUAAGUGAAGGUGAAGACAUAAAAAACACCUGGGGAGAACUUCUUUCAUCAGUCUUCUGGCUAUCUUUGUAGAGGUAGGAGACAAGGAGUCUUUAUGCAAGCAUACUUAGAUUUUCUUUGUUAUGAACUGGCAUUGAUUUGUGUAUCUCACAUAGUUAAAUAAUGCAAAUCAAGUCAGUGAUAAGCAGGCUUGUCUUGAGUUCCUUUUGUUGGCGGUGGUUGUUUUGGCUUGGAGUGGGAAAGUACAUGAUUUCUAUUUCUGUAGUCUAUUACAGACUAUUUCUAAUGAGUAUUAGCUGAGUCAUCAAUGUUUACUUGAAAGUCUCACUCAUUUAAGUGGCUUUACUUUCCAAGUAAGUAUCCAUAGGAUGGUAACCUAAAAGUCAGAAUGACUUUUAAAUACUUGAAUAGCGUAGACUUGGGAAAAUUCCAGUUUUAAAACACACAAAGGGUGCAAUCCUAGGUAAGCAAAUAUUUUGUAAUGUGCUGCAUCUAUUUUGAGAGAGAACAUAGCUUUUCAGAAGAUACCUUAUCUAAUGUUUUGCGUAUUUGUUUGUUUAUUUUGUACAUAGCCAAAAUAGAAUUCUAGGCAGUUUACAAGCAUAUAAAGUGCCAAGUCUAAUAUCUGGAAUUGCUGGUCAGAGUAUCUUGGAUAGAAGGGCUUUAAAAAAAUCUCUUCUAGAAACCUUGGUAGAUGUGAUGCCAAAGUAGAUAGUCCUAGGCUAGGCCAUUGGUUUGCCUGCCUGAAGCUGAUACAUGCUGUAGUGUCCUUAACUGUGCAGCACAGUCCAAUGUUGCAUGAAUUAGUCUCCACUUACCUGGGGGUAGGCUUCAUUGAAUUCAGUAGGACUGCUAAGUAGACAAAGUUAGGAUUAAUUACACUGUUAAUCAUGUAUUCUUCUGUUUUGAAACUGAGUGUGGAAUCUGUGAUCCUCCAGAGGUUGUUUGACUCAGCUCCUAUCAACCUAGCCAGCAUGGCCAAUGGUCAGGGAUGGUUGGAGUUGUAAUCCAGCAGCAUCUGGAGGGCCAUGGGUUAGUCAUCCUGGUCCAAAAUUAAAAUUUAACUUUUAGUUAAGAUUUUAAUUUCAAGUGGUGUAGGUUAUGCUUCUUGAAUAAUUUAUUUUUUGUACAUUGCUAUUUUGUUUGGAAAGCUGCUGCUGUACAGAUGUAAAAUGUUUAAAUAACUGGCAUAUGAUGUUGCUAGAUGCUUUGUAUACCAUGCCGAAAUUAUUUUACUGGAACAAUGCAAUAAAACCACUUUACAUUAUUCCAAAACCUCCUUAAGCAUGAGAAGUUAUAUGAUGAAUAGCCUUUCAGAAUUGAGGAUUGGUUAAUAACCUCUUUUGACAGUAGCUGAUAUAUUCAUUGCAGAAUAUUGUUGCUGUCAACCUAACACUGGAAGUUUAUUGCAAAAAUUAUCUUUGAAGUUUUUGAUUAUAAUGCAAAUAUAUUUCACUGCUCCUUUGAGAAGUGCAAUAACAAAUGGAUCCCUAAAUUUGUUUGCAGCUAUAAGUAACACUGUUCUGCUGCUGUACCUUUGGAGCGGCGGUUUUUGGGUUUUUUUAGGCAAAGCCUUGACUGUUCCUUAGAUGGAGCAGGAAAUAUAAAUUUGAUCAAAAUCAAAUAAAAUAUGACUGGUUUUAACUUGCGAAGGUUGUGGAUAGUUGGCAUUUCAGUUACUGUAUAUUCCAUUUUAGGUUACUCUAUAGAGUCAGUUUGUUAGAUGAUGCUGUUGUGUGUGUGUGUGUGUGUGUGUGUGUGCAGCAUUUCAGUGCUGCAUGAAGUAUUUUAAGUGUAUGGCAGUACUGUUGUUUAGUGCCCAACUUGGUGUUCCAGUGCAGUUGUGGUAUAACCAAAAUUGCUUGAGAUCUGGCAAAUCCUAAUAAAACUAUAUCAAUAAGCAAUGUGUUCUAUUCAUUGCACAUAGUAUCACUUUAGAACAUUUGGGACAUCUUGUAUAUUUUUAGAUUGUGAACUGAGUGAGGUUGGUUCACUGAGUUACUAGAUGGGUGUGGUACUAACAGUAAUUAAAUCUGGUUUAGGGUUUUAGACCCAAGGGCUUCAAUGUGGCAUUUUACUUUGUAAUUUUUCAAAGGGAAGAGAGUGAGCUGAAAUCUUGAAAUUAUUCUUGACUUUGCUUAGCUAAAUAGUAGACAUUUAUGCUAAGAAUGUGGUGAAGGGAGAACUAAACGGAAGAAGGGAGAGGGAGAAUUGCAUCUUUUUGUUUAUUAAUGUUAGUUGGCUUGGAAAGGGCAAGGAGAUUGUUCUCUUUACAUGCUCAAACUAAUUUCUUAACGAGGUAUAGAUAUGGUAUCAAAGCCUUUAUCUUAAGGUGUACUUUCUACUGUUGGCUUAACCACAGCAUACUGUAAAUCAUAGGGCUUUUUGCUAAAAUAGAGAAGCAGUUUUUUCAUGGCUAUAAGAUGUAUCUAUCCUAGGUAAUUGUGGAUACAAGUAAGUGGACACACAUUUGUACCAGCAAUCCUAAAUACUGCAUUUGAUUUCUCAGCUGCUGCAAUAGCUUUGGUUUUCCCCACUAUGAAAACAUGGCUGUGGCAUAUUUAUGGAGCAGUUCAAGUAGAUAAAUAGGUACUGCUCCGGCGGGAAGGUAAACAACGUUUCUGUGCGCUGCUCUGGUUUGCCAGAAGCGGCUUAGUCAUGCUGGCCACAUGACCCGGAAGCUCCCUCGGCCAAUAAAGCGAGAUGAGCGCCGCAACCCCAGAGUCGGCUAUGACUGGACCUAAUGGUCAGGGGUCCCUUUACCUUUUUACUGAGGAAUAUAUAUCCCCUCCCUCAAAUAUACUUAGUAGCUCAUGAGAAAUCUGUUACAUACAGUACUGUAUUCUGUGUGAUUUGGUACUAUUUUGAUUUCUAGUGGUUAUACAAUGAGUAUUUGGGGUGGUUCAAAGUUUCCCCAAAGUCAUAUUCUUAGGAAACACUGUUGGGAAACUUGCUGUAGGUGAGGAAGAGGAUGCUCAACUCAUGAACUGGAGAAACUUUGCUCUUUACUUUACUUCUGUCUUCCAUACUGAUGUCUUGCAGUAGAAUAAGUUAUAGUUUCCUCUCCACACUCCACCAAACUGUAUAUGGACUACAGCCAACCACAAAUGAACAACCACACCCUAGGCCAACCCCAACCUCUCUCAUCACCAAAGGAACACAAGUGAACAGCAAAGAACGUGCACAAGCAACGCUGACACCAAACCCUACAUAUAGUAAGUAAAAUAGAAACCCCACCCCACCCCCACCCAUUUUCCCCACCCCUCCACCUCAUUCCCCCUUUUCUUCCCAAUGAUUUGUAAAAAUGUUACAUGGGAAAAAAAUAUAUGAGAGAGAACAUUGCGUACACACACUUGUAAAUCAAGAAAAUCUUUAAUAAUAAUAAAGACCAAACUAUAUAUGGGUCCCACUAGUUGUGGUGACUGACAGCUCCCUUGUUACUGAAAUCCUAGGAGAAACACAAAGUUUAUUGUGCAUCUGUAGUUUCAUUUUAUUCAGAGGAUCACAAGUGGUGUUACACUGAUCAAUAUUUGGAAGGACUUGUGGCACUGUAGAAGUGAAUUUUAGCUAUGGUAUGCCUGAAUCAGACGAGAUAUGGAUGACCAGGGUCUUAUAUUUUUACAUGUAUGUUUAUUUCCUGAGAUCAUACAAACAAAUGGGUCCUGAAAUAGGAUUUUAUCUUGGAAAAUAUAAAGAGCAGAGUUGAAUGACGAUGCAGAGUUGAGUCUUCCUUCUCAACCUUCACAAAUUUACAGUGUUAGCUGCAGUUCAUAUAUAUAUGUAGCCAAAGGGUUAUAAAAAGAAAGCCAGCUGAUGUUGCAGUCUAAGCAGUGGCCAUAUAGUGGAAAGAUUCUCCUUUGGCAUCUUCAGUAGUGCUAUUUUUACCUAUUCUAAUAAAUCUGUCCUUGUGAUUUUGAGCUAAAGGACAGUAACUGAAACUAAGAAUCAUAGAAUCAUAGAAUCAUAGUUGGAAGAGACCACAAGGGCCAUCGAGUCCAACCCCCUGCCAAGCAGGAAACACCAUCAGAGCACUCCUAUAGAAUCAUAGAAUCAUAGAGUCGGAAGAGAAAAUCAACAGAAAAUCAACUAAGUUUUAUUUGCAUUGCAACAACAACAACAACAAAAACUGAGGAGGAAAAGAAUAUGGCAAGCAAAUACUUUUUCAUAUCUCUAAACAUGGCAUAGGGCAAUGUAAAGUGAUAAAUGAUUCUUUUAUUUUGUUGUGUUGCUGACAUAAUUUAUGUGUUUCCUUUUUAUCUGUUAAUCCUGUUGAUUUUUGAGUAACUUUCCUGAAGUCUGUUUUGUUUUAACAGCAUUGUACUGAAACACUAAAAGAAUCAUUGUCCAAGCUAUAAUACUUGUAUACUCUGGAUUAUUAUUAAUAUACAAGAUACUUUGCAUUCAUUAUCUCAGAAAUUUUACAAAAGAGAAGGUGGGCUGCCAAGGCUACCCUAGGGCUAUCAUAACUGAGGUGAGCUUUAGGUGGAGCGGGUGGCCUUCCUGGCUUACACUCCCAGCUAGUUUACAAUCUCAGUAUAAUAUGGCAGUGAAUGAAUUUAGGCAGACAUGCAGGGAGGUGUACAUUGGCUGCUCUGUUGGAUGAAAAUAUUGAAUUAAUUAUAGACUUUUGAAGUAUGACUUGAUUUUGGAAUGUGUUUGCAUGUGCAUUUAUUUCUGGAUUGACUUGUCUUGAAUCGUGUCUCUUGCCGCUUUAAUACUAGCUAGCUUCUUUUUGUGCCAGCUAGUUCCUUGUAUAUGUCAUUAGUUUAAUUCCUUUUCUUUUUCUUAGCUGUGCAGUGUGGUUAUCUAAUAUCCCCAUGCAAUUCGUUUCCUUGUAGAUGCAAUCAACUAUGGGACCUACAUUGGUGCCUUCCAAGAGUGUCUUGCAAUGUAUAUUUGCUAAUUAGAAGUUGACCUUCUAGCAGUAUCCUAGAAUGUGUGCAGUGCACAUUAGUGUUCAUACAUGUGUGUGGUCCCAGUCAUUCUGCUUGUUAAUAUGGAUUACAACUCACAAGUUGGGUGAUUAUAUUUAUGGAUGGCAGCAAUUCACAUGAUUUGCGGCUGUUAGAAAAAAUGCUGCAUUCAUCAUACAGAUUUUAGCAGUUUGAUUUCCUGUUUUACUUGUUACUUUUAUCCCUAGGACUUGUGUCAAAGAUGAAAUGUGUUGUUGGAGAAAUGUGUUGUGUGAAUUAGCACAAACUUUGUGGAAUAAGGAGGAACACUUAUUUGCUGGCACUGCUUGGGAUAUUAUGAACUGGUUCAUUUAUUAUGGAAAACUGUUCAGUUUAGCUUUUGGUAGGUACUGAAAGAUUAUUUUGAUUUCAUACUAGCUUUAGGCAUGAUCACUUUAUCCAGUGGGUUUUACUAGAGUGUGGUAUCUUUUGAUGUUUAAAGAGAACAGCUGCAUGGAUCUUCUGUGUAUGGUGCCCUGUGAUCACGUGCUCAUAUAGUAUGUAUGCUGUACAUACUGUAGCUCCUAACAUUUCAUUGUCCAGAGUGCUGCUGCAGGAAUGAGUAGUUUAGUUCAGUCAAGUGCUACAGAAUGUCUUCUAAAACACCUAAUUGAUUUCUGGACUUGACUUGACUCAGGUGCAUUUGGGAUCUAUAGCAGAUCCCAUAUCUUAUCUGAUUUAUGGUUUACACUAAAUAGAAGGAAUGACUUUAAAAACAGAAUGAACAUACCAACAUUAUCUUUAGAUCUUUCCUGUAUUUUAUUUUAAUCUGUGUUGAACCAUUUAUUUGUUUGAAUUAGACACACCUGUUUUGUAGCCUUUCUAGAAGCUCUAAUGGUCCAAAGCUAGCUUCAAAGACAAACGAGCACAUUUGCUCACUAUGCUGUCUCCCAUAUGUUCAUAUAGGCUUUUGCCAUAUGACUGGGGUAGCCAGAAAACUACAAAGUAUAAGCAUAUGCUGAAAGUUUUUGCUCAUUAAGACCUGCUCUAACUGAGGAUUGUGGGAAAUAUGAUGUUCCAACAGCUAAGUAAAAGCUUUUAAGUGUUGAUGGCUGGCUUAUGUCACAGGUUCCUCAAUGGAUUUUCCCACUUACGAGGCUUCACUGAAUUUAUUAAAGAAGCUUUUGUUGCAGUAAUAAAUGACCACCAGACAUUGUGCCUCUUCUAAGUAGCAAGAAGACUAGUUGCACGGCUGGACAGGGACUAGGGACUUUAUAUUUGAGGUUGUACUGCAUGUAGCUCUGCCUGUCCUAUUGACCUUGUUUUGAUGUUCUUAUUUCCUAGUACCAACAAUCACAUUCUUCAGCAAGCUCCACCCAUGGUAUGUAGCAACAUGGGAUAGUACAGUAGAUAGAGCUAGGCUUGUGAUGUGUUACGGUACUUUUAGUCCUGUGUGUGAGACCUCAGUCCUGGGGGCACAAAUUUGGCUCUCUGUUCCUCUAUCUGGUCCUAGGGACUCUACUCCCCCUGGCAACAACCUCUUUCCCCAGGUCACACCCUUCUUGAACAGGCUGGAAUGUGCUAUUGAACUGUGAUGGUGCCUCUUCCUUGCCUGGAUGGAGAAGGGGAGGGGGUGGUGUGUUCAAACCUUUGAUUUUUGUGUAACCAACUGUAAAAAUCACAAGGUGCAUCCGUUGCCCCACCCACUUUUGCCUCUGGUUCCAUCCAUUUUUACCUCUGGCCACCCACUACUGGCAUGCACGUCCUGGAAGGUUGCUCUCAAGGGAAUGUAGCCCUCAUUCUGGAAAAAAAAGCCCAUACCCGCUUUCCUAAAUUCCCUAGUGGUGUCAAAUUAACAAAAGGCAGUUGUUUAUUAAUAAUUUGCUGGUUUUCUAAAACUACUUUUAUGGUAUUUGUGUAUAGUACACAUACUAAAUAAGCUUCCAAUCUGACCUGUUUGCUCUGGAGUUUGCAUGUUCAGAGAGAAGGUUGAAUCCUGGGAAGUCUCAGCAAAAACAGUCUUCAUUGGCUAGGUGUGUACCAGUGUGCUGAGAAAUGGAAAUGCAUUAUACAGGGUGGCCCAAAAGUAGGUAUACUUUUAACAAUCAAUCAAUCAAUCAAUCAAUCGGUAAAUAACUAAAUGAAAAAAGGAUUAUUUUUCUUUACUGAUACAGUAAUAACUCCGCAAAUGUCCGCCUUGUCUAGCGUCCAUUCCGGCGAAUGUACGUGGCAAACCUGGAAGUACUGGAACGGGUUACCUCUGGGUUUGCCGCUCAUGCAUGUGCAGAAGUGCUAAAUCGCGCUUUGCGUGUGUGCAGACGCGGCGCUUUGCCCUGCAUCCUUUUUGGCUAGCGGCUGCGGCUCCGGAAUGGACCCUGGUUGCAAAAUAAGGUAUGACUGUAUUGUGUAUGAUGAGAAGUUGAACAAAGAAAGUGGAUUCUAAAGCACCCUGUACAUCUCUUGAUACUGCUAUGGGUCCCUUGAAAUCUGGGCAAAAGACAGAGGUAUUCUGUCUUCUGCUGCUGGGCAUAAUUUGAAAGGCUAUUUUAGGCAAACUUUUUAGGUGUGUACCGAGUAGAAAGAAUUAAGUAGCGUAACCAGAUUGGGCAGAAUAUGAUUUUAUCCUUUUGUAAAUUUUGCUACUUGGUAUUCUGAAUGGAAUGUGUGUGUUAUGUUAAGCAUGUCAAAAAUAAAAGCCAAGUUGAAAUUACUCUUGCUGAAACAGAGAGGUUGAUUAGUCAUAAUAUAUUGAUGUUUCUUUCAGAGAGGUUGGUUAGUCAUUAGGUUACCAUACCUUCACAUAUUAAUGUUAAACUUUCGCUGUCUAUUGGCAUAUUGAGCUCAGCAUUAUGCAAGGAAAUUAUCCAAGGUCUGUCUAACAUGAUUAUUUUAGACAUGAUGUAAGAAUACGUAUUUCCACAAUGGGUGCAGGCAUUGCUCUAGUCAGGAAUGGAAAGCAAAAUACCAGUGGACAACAAAAGAGGUUUAAAGACACUCUUCAAGGCAAAUCUUUAAAAAAGUAACAUACAGUGGUACCUCGCAAGACGAAUGCCUCGCAAGACAAAAAACUCGCUAGACGAAAGGGUUUUUUGUUUUUUGAGCUGCUUCGCAAGACAAUUUUCCCUAUGGGCUUGCUUCACAAGACGGAAACGUCUUGCAAGUUUGUUUCCUUUUUCUUAAGACCGUUAAAACAGUUGUGACUUGACUUCGAGGAGCAACUCAUAGAACGCGGUGUGGUAGCCUUUUUUGAGGUUUUUAAAGACUUUGGUGAUUUUUGAAGCUUUUCCAAAACUUUCCCGACACCGUGGUUCGCAAGACGAAAAAAAUCACAAGACGACAAAACUCGCGGAACGAAUUAAUUUUGUCUUGCGAGGCACCACUGUAAGCACUGAUAACUGGGAAACACCGGCCUGUGAGCACUCCAGUUGGAGAACAGCUUUUACCAAAGGUGUCAUGGACAUUGAAGAAGCACGAACUCAGGAAGAAAUGAGCUAAGAGGAAGGCACGUUUGGCAAACCCUCACUGUGAUCAGCUCCCAUCCGGAAAAAUAUGUCCCCACUGUGGAAGGACGCGUGGAUUCAGAAUUGGCCUGCACAGUCACUUAUGGACUCACUGUUAAGACCGUGUUCAUGGAAGACAAUUUUACUCUGCUAUGAGUGAUCACCAAAGCAGAAGGAGAAGAGUCAGGAAUGACAGAGCAAAAGCUUUCUGGCUAUGUUGGUUGUUUUAAAUAGUUAAGAUUUCAAGAGCAUUACUUGAAAAUAAAUGUUAAAUAUUUAGUUGCUGAAAAGUGAUAUACAGUGGUACCUUGGGAUGUGAACGGGAUCCGUUCCGGAGCCCCGUUCGCAUCCUGAACAGAACGUAGGACGCAUCUGCGUGGGUCGCAUUUCGCCACUUCUGCGCAUGCACGUGAUGUCAUUUUGACCGUCUGCGCAUGCGUGAAUGGUGAAACCCGGAAGUAAUGUGCUCCGUUACUUCUGGGUCGCCGCGGAGCGCAACCUGAAAAUACUUAUCCUGAAGCGUAUUUAUCCCAAAGUAUGACUGUACUUACCAAAUAUCUUUGUUUUAUUAAUCAAGGGUAGACAUAACUUAGCGUGGUGUCUCUGAAUAGUCCAUUUUUAACUUUUUAAUAUGUUUCUACUGUAUGGUUUUAUGUUCUGAUUUUUUUAUAGAAUAGUGCUCUAUAAAUAUAUUUUUAAAAAUAUAAAUAUCUUACCUGUGUAGACACAAAACCUCUGAGGAAGGUACGCUCCUGCCAGAGAUGUUUCUGGAUAAUUCAAACUGAUGGGCCCUUGUAUUAGCAAAACCCCUUACAUAUGUUAACUGCACUGGUAGAUUGCUCAAAGGAAUGGAAACAAAAUAUUGUGGUCCCAAUUUUUAAGAAAGGGGGCAAACCUCUCCUAGUCAGUUACCAUCCAGUGAACCUUUUGGAUGUUUCCUCCAAAUUAUACACACACUAUCUAUUGGACAAGGCUGACGAUUGGGCAGAUAAUAAUAUUGGGGAUGAAUAAGCAGGCUUCUGGCAUGGGAAGUCAAUCAUAGAUCAGUCCUUUGUUCUAAAUCAUUUGAGAGAGAGAGAUGCAGGUGGCCCUAGGAAAUAUACAUGCUGCUUUCGUUGACCUGAUCUCAGUCUUUGGCAGGAUAAAUAAAUCGAUUUUACGGAGAAAACUAUGUAGAGUUAGGAUGUACAAGACACCUGUUGAUUCUAAUUAAGAACUUUUACACAGGCACCAAAGUUCAUAUCAGAGUAGACAGAGAAUGCCAGUUGUCAGAGGAAAUUGGUUCAACCAGAGUGGUAAGACAAAACAGUUUAUUAGCCCCCUUUUUGCUCAGCAUAUAUGUGAAUGGCAUCAUUGAUCAACUAGCUGAUAAAUCAAACUUUUUAGCAGUUGUUGGCACAUGGAAACUAAAUGUAUUGCUAUUCACAGACAAUGUGGUUCUGUUAUCCCAGACCCUAACUGGUAUGAGGAUAUUGUUGAAAUCAUUUGGGGAACUAUGCAAUAAGGAACAGUUAUGUGUGAAUUAUGCCAAGACUAAAGCAAUGAUAUUUGGCAAUUGAACAGUUAAACACAAAUGGCAACUAGGCAGUAAUCAGCUGGAAUAAUCAAAUAGAUAUAAUAAUCUGGGGAUAUGUUUUGCAAGAAUAGCCUAUAGAACUGGUAGAUUAAUAAACUAAAAGUUCAAUGUAGUCGGUGUUAAAAUUUGCCAGAAUGAAGAGAGUGCUUGUGGUGCUUCUUUUUAAGAGUUUUUGCUGAUUAGGUUAUUCCUCAGUUUUACAUAUAAGAGAGAAAUCUGGGGCAUUCUGGAACCAUAUUAGUUGGAGGUAGUACAGAGUAGAUUGAUUUAUACUUUAUUUGAUCUCUCACCAGAAAUGCCACAGUAAGCAAUUACUGGUGUCGGUGACGUAAUGCCUGGGGUGUCUUAACUUUUCAUUUCCAUCUGUUACUGGCAUAAGAAAGAGGUUAUGGUGGAAGUGAUCCAGAUCCAGGGCAGCCAACAUGGUCCUCUCCAGAUGUUGUAGACUACAACUCCCACCAUGCCUGAUCAUUGGUUAUGUUGGCUGGUGCUGAUGGGAGUUGUAGUCCACAACAUCCAGAGGGCACCAUUUUGGCUACCCCUGUGCUAAACAGUAAUAUUUAACUUACUUUAGUCUUUAAUGAAAAGUAGAUCUUUUCCAAAUCAGCAAAGGCCAUUCCAUGUAGCAUUUACAAUGAAGUUGACCCACUCAUCUCCUUAAUGCUAUUGCUGACAAGGGCUCUUUCACACCUUAUAAAUAUCGUGAGAGGGAUCCAGACUUGGGACUAAGAUCCAGCAGAGGGUUAUGCAGGGUGAAGAGAAGGAAGGCAAUUUUAUCUGAUUUCUCCUGCAGCCCACCAUUCCACCUCCCAUGCUGUUCUGGUCCCUCAUUCUUCCACUCCUGCAGAAAGGAGGAACCAGUGAAAAUUACCUGUCCCCACCCCCGCCUAAGUGGAAGUGUGCUUUGAACAGAGUUCUGUUCACAGGAUGCAACCCAAUAUGUUUCUAGCAAUAUUAUGAUUGCUACUAUUACAAUAACAUGAUACAGAAAAAAAUAUUUAUACAGGGUUAGAGCACCUGUGGAAUCUUUCAUUCUGAUUUGGAAAGAUAAAUGCCUCUGAACCCUAAAUAUAUUACAGCUAGCUCAUUAGUAACUAAUCCAAAAUCUAUACAUGUACAUAAUGAAGGCUGUAUAACUGAGAGGAACUUGCAGUCUAGCAUGUUUAGAAUUUCAUUGUAAAGUUGAUAUGAAUGGUCAUAAUUUUAUGGCAGAAAUAGUAAUCUAAUUAAAAUAUUUACAUGACUACAUUAUUUGGAAAUUAAAACAUUCAGUUAUACAAGUUUUUCAAUGUAGUAUUGGAUGUUAAAUGUGGUGGAUAUGCUGAAAGGCUUCUACAGUAUAGUACCUCUGAAUUAUAUUUAAAUCUGUCUACUGAGACCAAUUCUUUUCUCUAUAGAAAAAACACAUUUAAAAUACAGGCCUUCAAUUCUGAAUAGUUGGUAUGUGUAUACAGUGAGGAUUUUAAAGGAUUUCUCCAGACUUCUUCUGGACAUGCUAAUUUAUGCAUCUAUUAAAAUCUGCUUUGAAAGCCUACAAAUAGGUGACUAAGGCAUCUGUCAUCACUUUGGCAGUGUGGAUGUUUUGUCUUUGGCUCAGCUUGAGUGAUGCUAACUUUUAUCCACUUAGACUGUGAAUAUUUUUAUAUUAUUACUUUUACAGUCCCACCAUUCUUUCAAGGAGCUCAAGGUGCUGUACAUGAUUCUCCCUUCUCCAUUUUGUCCUCACAGCAGCCUCAUACGAGGUAUGUUACGCUGAGUGAUUGUAACUGGCUCAAGGUCACUCAUUGAUCUUCAUAGAUGAGUGGGGAUUUGAGCCCUCGUCUCCCAGGUCCUAGUUCAACCCUAAUUAUUAUGUACGUUGGCUCUGAUUGACUAUUACUGACUGUUAUGACAGAAAUCCCAUCAGCGAUGAAAGCAAACAAACCAAUUUCAUCUAUAAAAAUAUUUUUUUCAGCAAAUCAUGUAUGAAAACAAUUUAAAUCUAAUGCAGAUACAGUUUGUGGAUACAAAUCUCUUCAAAGGACUUGUUGGAAAAAAUGAGGGUCUUCAGUAGUCACUGAAAAGACAAUACAAUAUGUAAUUGGGGGGAGGGGGUGGAGUCCAAAAUAUCUGGUUCCCCACUACACUAUACCGGCCUUGAAUUUUCCAAAAGUGUGUCUGAUCAGGAUUCAGGUGGGAAAUGGUAAGUCUAGCUGUGUUUGGUUUUGGAACCCUUGUGGCACAUUUCAACCCCAGAGCUGAGCAAGUUUAUUUCAAGCUUCUUGAUAUAACAUCUUAACAUAUAUCAAAGAUCUCAGUUAAAUGGAGCUGCCUAGAAUCUAGAAACUAAAUGUGUAUAUUAUCAUAUUAUUACCUUUUUAAAAAUGCAUAUAGAGGUAACCUCCCUGUUUCACUCUUAAUGAAGCUUAAGCUCGUACAUAUACAUCAAAAUUAAGCUGUGUUUCAUUAUGUGCUGAUGAUUAGCAAAUAUUGUCAUUGAACAUGAGUCCAUAACAGAAAAGUUGGCUGCUUUGUAUGUACCAAGAAGGGCAACUGAGAAUUAUGUGCUAAAGAAUAUAGCCAACUUGCAUAUUUUCAGAAUAUUAUCUAUAGUAUACGAACUUAAUGUAUCUGGUGUGAGCCUAGUUAUGAUGGACAUAUUGCAUUUGGUGUUCUUAGGGCUGGAGCACAUAA